AUUCAAUCUAGCUCAAUAGAACAACUCUGCAUCAUGGCAUACCGCACCCUUACCCUUCUCUCUUUGCUCCUUUCCUCUACUUUUGCCCAGGAUUCCGACCUCGUCGGUUGCAAGGCAGUCUCAUGCCCCAUCGAGGGCACCGAAGACCGUUGCACAGUUGCUGAAGACACCUUCUUAGGUAUCGGCACUGCUCCUAUUCCAGACGUCCCAUCGUCGCUCGAAGGCCUGUCCCUAGUCAAGGCCGCCAAUCUCACCGUUGGAGAGGGAGAGGAGAACGCCCAUGAAUUCAAAUCAAUCUACUACCUCGGCACCCCGUCGGACCUAGAGGUGAACGACCUGGCCGGUUGCGCUGUCUUCUUCAACGACCCACCCGCCAAGAUAUUUCAGUACCCGACAGAGCUAGCGGGCCCGAGAGACGACAACGGAGAGGCUCAGAAUGUUACCAAUACCGCUGCUGCUAGCGGAACGUGCUCGGAGGUAAUUGAUCAAGCGUGUAUUGACAGGCUUACGGAACGAGCGCGCGGCAUUAUCGACGAUGCGGAUGGUGAUGGUUGUGCGCCGUUGGAGGAUGAGUUGAACAGCAGUUCGUUCGAUGAAUGCAGCGCUAGCUGGAUUGGCAGUAGUUUGUUGGGCAACUUGACCGUUACUUCGCUCGCGAGCUUGUCGACGAUUAGCGGCUCGCAGAACUCCUCAUCAGACUGCUGGCCUAUUGUGUCCAAGUCGGAUAAUUUGUCGGAGAUUGCAGAGAAUACUGCUUACGGAAACGGUACAGCAGCCGCAUACACGCAGCAGGUCUACAAAAUCACACCCGUGCUGACCGUAUUCUCCGGAAAUGGAGACAACAAUCUGGUGGACGAGGCCACUUCCCAGAUGACAUGUCUUAAGAUCGUCAAGGACAGGCCUGCAGAGGACUAUGAAGGUGGUGAAGAGGGUGCGGCGUUCCAAACCAGACCUAGUCUGCUCGGUGCAGGCGUGGUUACUUUCAUGGCAGUCCUACUUGCACGGCUGUAGGACUAGGGUGUGGCACACGGAUAUUAUCCUCUGGGUCUUUUAUGCAUAAAGCCUUGCCCAUUAGUUUGCGGAGCUCAGAACACUCGCGAGCUUCUCUGAAGCCUGAGAUAUUUUGGGUGUUGACGAAUUCCACCUGCUGACACUGUUUAUUCCUGUUUCCGAUGGUUAUUCUAUCUGUUUAGAAACCAGAAAAUCCCAGGUGAUGCUAAAUAGACCCCCCAUAAAUGCGAGUACCCUUCCAUUCCCCAUGGAUCAAAG